GUGGAGGAGAAAGCCCGGCCUGGUAGGCAGGAGAGAGAUGUGAUUGUGCGUGUUUGGGACAGGAGAGGAGAGGACAGAGUGAUCACAAUCAAGGCAAAAGUCCGACCGCGGAGGGAGCGCACUUCAAUCACGUGGGAUGUGGAUUUGUAUAGGGGAAAAGUAAAAGUGUCGUCGGAGUGACUUCUGCUCUUACUUUGUUUUCCUCCUCUCUUUGCCUUUCCACCCCCUCCGCCCUGCAUUCCGUGGAGCAGCUGUGUUUUAAUGCCCCUGCGCACCCGAGGAGGAGAGGAAGGAGAGAAGAGUGAGGAAGAAGAGGCAGACGAAGAAGUGAGAAGGCCUGGACACCACGCCUCCUCGCCCUUUGGAGGUCUGUCCACUCUCCCCUCCUGGCCCUGCAUGGACGGGGAUGGGGAGAGCCGGAUGCCGUUGCCGCGGGGCUGAGCGCCUCGCCUCCCCGUCUCUGGUGCGCCGCUUCCGGCCGCUGCUGCUGCUGAUCAUCGCCCUCUGCUUCGGUGCUCACAUAGGUCAGUGCCAGGUGGCCACCCCUCAGUGCCGUAUCCAGAAGUGCACCACCGACUUUGUCUCCCUGACUUCCCACCUGACGCCGGCCGUGGAUGGCUUUCACACUGAGUUUUGCAAGGCUUUACGUGCGUACUCGGCCUGCACCCAGAGGACGGCCAAGUCCUGCCGGGGGAACCUGGUCUUCCACUCGGCUGUGCUGGGCAUCUCCGAUCUCAUGAGCCAGAGGAAUUGCUCCAGAGACGGGCCCACUUCCUCCACGCACCCCGAGGUGGUCCACGAGCCCUGUAACUACCACAGUCGCACCCAGCACGCCCACACACACUCCCACGUGCACGCACACACACACUCUCACACUCACAGCCACAGCCACUCCCGGCCUGCGUACCUGUUCUGUGGGCUGUUCGGGGACCCACACCUGAGGACAUUUAAGGACAGCUUCCAGACUUGUAAGGUGGAGGGGGCGUGGCCUCUCAUCGAUAAUGAUUAUCUGUCAGUACAGGUCACUAAUGUUCCCGUGGUACCAGGCUCCAGUGCCACAGCAACCAAUAAGAUCACCAUCAUCUUCAAGCCCUAUGAGGGUUGUACAGACCAGAGGGUCUACCAGGCCGUCACAGACAACCUCCCUGCUGCCUUUGAUGAUGGAACCGUGAGCAGUGGAGACCCCAUCCACAUUUCUGCUGGUGCAGACGGUGCAACUGGGAAGGUCCGGGCUCUGUGGAUCUCUGAGCGCAGCCCGGGGCGCCACGUGGAGCUGCAUGCUGGCUACAUUGGUGUAACUGUAAUCGUUCGCCAGCUGGGCCGCUACCUGACCCUGGCAGUGCGGAUCCCAGAAGAGCUGGCUCAGGCCUACGAUGCCACCCAGGACCUGCAGCUCUGUCUGAACGGCUGCCCGAGCGGAGAACGCAUUGACCAAGCAGGGUAUCUUCCCCUGCCCCUCUCCCCUCCUGCGCUUGGCCUACAGCUCCAGCAGCUACGUCGGCCCAGCUACUCUUCACAGACACAAGCAUCCCCCUACGCUGCCAUGCAGGUUUUCGGCGUGGAGGGGGCGAAGGAACGCUGCAGGGAUCAGCUGGAGGUGCAGGACAUUUACUUCCACUCUUGCGUGUUUGAUCUCCUGACCACCGGGGAUGCUAACUUCACAGUGGCAGCAUACAGCGCCCUGAAAGACAUGGAGAGCCUCCACCCACACCGGGAUAGAUGGAGGAUCUACCCCCGCGGCUCUGCCACAUCCACCUUACACUCUAAUUCUCAACCUAUCAAACGGCUCGCUCUGCUCCUGCUGUGUGCUCUGAGCGUGGCAUUGAUGUAAGAGCGGGAGUGGGGGUCUUUGUGUGUAUGUGUGUGCACUAGAAAGAGAGUUUUGGGAGAUUUUUUUGCUGAGCACUGAUACUGAGCACUGAUUCCUCUCAUGUAGAGAGGAAACAGCAGGCUGGACAGUUACUGGGAACUAGUGUUUUUGUAGAAGAGGUGGCAGACCUCCCAGCAGGCACAGGAGAUACUGGCAACACUACCUGCAUCUUACCUGGCAGAAUCAGCCCUCUGGGGAAUAACACAGGAGAUGUGAUGAUGGCUUUCGCAAUCUGUCUUCAUCUUUGGAUAGGACACUUAACAAUGACACAAAUGUACUUGUGUGGGUGAACUGAGUGCAUGGAUAUACACUCCAAACUGUAAAUAGCUUGUCUUAAGUGCACAGUGUAAUGGCGUAGAGUUUUUUUUUGUGUCAUUUGAUGUGAUUUUUCUUUAAUACCUCAGACAGAGGAUGUUUGUUUUAACAGAAGCACUUUAUUUAGAUUUUUUUUUAACAAAUCCACAUCAGUGUUUCUUCCUCUUACUUACUGUUCUCCACCACAGUCUCCAAAAGCUCACAUUUUGAAGACCAUCUAUAAUUAGAUUUUUUUAAUCAUUCAAAGUAAAGGUCUGUUGAAUACAAGGAGCCAUUUUUGUUAAAAUGCAUCAUUCUUCCAGUAGCUGAUUUGACUCAGCGUGUCAUUUUAAGUCAGUUAAUGUGAGUUGUUCUCUUUUGAAUGUAUUAUGAAUAUUGUCACAGCAAAUGUCAUCAGUACUAUUUUGUUGCUGUAUGAAUUUGUUGUUUUUCCUCAGUCCUGAUUUCAAAUAUGUGUGAGUGUGAGUGUAUGUGAAAAUGUGUGUGGCUGUGUCAGUGUUUUUUGUUUGUUUUUUUACCAGUUGCUGACAUGCUUGGAUGGGUUUUUUAAUUUCCUCUGAGAAUCAUGUCGGAGGUAUUCCCACCUUUUUGCCAAGAGGCUGUGACAAUACCGGCUCAUGUAUGUUGCUCACCGUAUUCUUUGUUGUGUUAAUUUGAGCCAAAGACAGAUAAUGUAUGGUUUUCAUGUACAAAGGAAAUCAUAACUCACCACCAAACCAGCACCCUUCUCCUCCUCACACUCUCUCCCCUGUUUUUAAAGUUGCUACUGUAGACUGUUUUACUCUUACUGCCAGAAUUGAUGAGCUGCUCCUUAACUGGGAUACGUGUAAGAUACUGGAGUGUAGACAAAACACUGCAAAUCACUGAGAAAACUUUACCACACUGUCUGCUGAGAUAUGUGCUUCAGCAGUGUGUUGUGGGAAAUGUAUGCCAUUUGAUAGCUGAUAGAAAUGCCAACACUUAAGACUAUGAACCUUUUUAACAUGUAACAUUCUAUAUAAUUAUGCCCCAUUUGGUUGGCCAUGUAAACUUAAUCUCAGUUUUUGGCAUUGUGAUCUCUUACAUCAUGUGUGAGUGUCAGUUUGGUGAAGAGUGGCUGGUCAAUGUUGAAAUACUUAACUUAUUUAUGAACGUAGUGUCCUGUAGAGAAGGUUAAGCUCCAUAUUCUUGCUGUUGGAUAAUAAUUUUAAAAAAUGUCAAAUGUGAUUGUACUGCCACCUAGUGGUGCUCUGUUGCUAUGUCAGUGUGUUACUCAAGGCGCUAAAAAAAAUAACAUGAGGAAAAAUCUGUGUGCAAGUGUUUUAUUUUAAAAACAAUAAAGUCAAAAUGGUCCAA